GCCGAAACCAUCGAAGACAAGGCCUCCCAGCUUGAAGAAGCCCGCCGCACGGCCAUCGACCGGAUCCGCAAGCUGACGAGCAAGCAACCCCAGCACUGCAUCGCUCCCAAGUACCUGCCCGAAGGCAAUCUGGUUCUCCCGUCGGCAGCAACCUGCACUUGGGGCAAGAAGUUCCUCGAGAAGCUCGCUGAGGUCUACCUCUACGCCUCCACCCAAGAGCUGAACGACUGGCUGGCCAGAACGGAGGAUGAGCGGAUGGGACAUAGGCGGGCAACCCAGAAGGGCUCGCAUACUUCAUACAACGACCUCGCCGCGUACUUGGCUAAGUGCAAGCAAGAGCACCGUGAGGGAAAGCGGCAGAUGACGCAGAUCGAGGACUAG